UGUGCAACACUGGGCGGCUAGAUUACAGCGCGUUUUCGGUCCUUUACAACACGCGCGGACAACAUUUGAUGCCGAGCUGUAAUAGCUGAAAAUUUAUUUUAUAAUUUUGCAUACGCAUCGUUUUCUAAAACAUCAGCAACAUGGCCACGGCGGAAGCUCAAAUCGGUGUGAACAGAAACUUGCAGAAGCAGGACCUCAGCAACCUGGACGUUUCCAAACUGACGCCUCUUUCGCCGGAGGUCAUUUCGCGGCAGGCGACCAUCAACAUUGGCACCAUCGGUCAUGUCGCCCACGGCAAAUCCACGGUGGUCAAGGCCAUCUCCGGUGUACAGACGGUGCGGUUCAAGAACGAACUGGAGCGCAACAUCACAAUCAAGCUGGAACGCUUAAGCGAAAAGAAAAUCAAAAAACUGUUGAGCUCUAGCCAGCAGCGACAGCAGUAUGAGAUAAAGCAACGUUCCCAACUAAGGCACCUGGCCGAAUUGCGGCGCCACAGCCGGUUGGGCAUGCUGUCCUCGAUGACAGCCCCAUCCGCCGUAGCCAACAUGGACAGACGCUUCAGCCACCGCAGCAGCAGCCAGACCUCGCUGAGUCCCAGCAACAGCAGCGGAUAUGGCAGCGUCUUUGGAUGCGAAGAAUAUGACGCGUUCCAAUCUCACGGCCUCAAGGUUUUUGCUAAUCUAAAGCGUCGACGCAAUAGCAGCUCGAGCACGCCGACUCCCAACUCAAAACGGUCCAAAAACAAUGAGGGACUUGUAGUCAAGAAGCGGCCUAGGGGCGAGUACAUUGUGGAGCGCAUUGUGUCUGUCGAGGUGGACCAAUACAAGCCCAUAUUUUUGGUCAAAUGGCUGGGCUACACAUCCAGCCAAAACACCUGGGAGAGCUUAGCUAAUUUGGUUGACUGCGCCCAAAUGGAAGAGUUCGUGAAGCAACAUCAGCAACUUUACGAGACGUACAUAGCUAAGAUAACCAGUGAACUUGAAGAGCAGCUGGAAGCCUUGCCGUUGAUGGAAAACAUCAAUGUGGUAGAAGUGGAUGCCUAUGAUCCUCUCACUUUGCAGCUUGACUUAAUUAUUUUGGCUCAAUACCGUGCGGCCAGCAGUCGCAGUCAAAAAGAGCCACAGAAGAUCGGAGAGCGAGCACUGCGAAGUAUGCAGCUCAAGCGAGCUCAAUUUACGCGGCGCAAGCAGCUGCUUGACCUUGCCAAGUUUGAGGAGCGCAUGAACCUCGUGGAGCAUCCGUCUCCUCCGAUAAAAGUUGAGAAUAACGUUGAUCUGGACAUCAUAGACACCAACUUCAUGUACAUACAAAAGAACAUAAUCGGGGAAGGUGUGCCCAAGCCAGAAGCGGGGAUUCUGGGUUGCAAGUGCGAGGAUGCGGAUGGCGUGGCGGAGUGCGCCGCCUCUACAAAAUGCUGCGCCCGCAUGGCCGGCGAGCUGUUUGCCUACGACCGGAGCUCAAGGCGCUUGCGCCUGCAUCCUGGCAGUGCCAUCUUCGAGUGCAAUAGCCGCUGCGCCUGCAAGCCAAGCUGUUCCAACCGCCUGGUGCAGCACGGACGCCAGAUACCGCUGGUGCUGUUCAAAACAAGCAAUGGAAGCGGCUGGGGUGUACGCACCCCAACUGCCUUGCGAAAGGGCGAAUUUGUUUGCGAAUAUAUUGGGGAGAUUAUCACCAGCGACGAGGCCAAUGAGCGCGGUAAGGCAUACGACGACAAGGGCAGAACUUACCUCUUCGACCUAGACUACAACACGGCCCAGGAGAGCGAGUAUACAAUCGAUGCGGCAAACUUUGGAAACAUAUCGCACUUUAUCAACCACUCGUGCGAUCCCAAUCUGGCCGUGUUCCCUUGCUGGAUCGAGCACUUGAAUGUGGCUCUGCCGCACCUUGUGUUCUUCACGCUGCGUCCGAUCAAGGCGGGCGAGGAGCUGAGUUUCGACUACAUUCGCGCGGACAACGAGGAUGUACCCUACGAGAACCUAUCAACGGCUGUGCGCGUCGAGUGCCGCUGCGGAGCGGACAAUUGCCGGAAGGUCUUGUUCUAAACGGAUAUGGACUUUUAUUUAAUUUUUUUUUUUUAUUAUUUUUUUUUAUCUGCAUUGAAUUGCAUUUUUUCAACACUAGUUACUAUUUGGCGCUUGUUGGCCAUCUGUUUGCCGAUUAUAUAUUUCAAAAGAUUGAUGGCAUUUUAAUUAUUUAUUUGUUAAUUGCUUGCACUGCCGAAUGCAAAUAUCGACGGAUUUGAUCUAUGUUAGGUUUGAUCCAGACUUGACUAGAGAAUUAAAAGAAAAUUCUGUAUAAUUUGUACAUGUAAUUUUAUACAUUUCAUUAUUUGUAGUAUUGAAAUAGGUUACAGUAGUGUUUUGACAAACACCUUUACAAAGUGCUGGAAUUAUGUACGGUAUUAUGUGUAUAACUGAUUUCAUAAUAAAUAUCUUAUGAUUAUUAA